ACGCCGUCGUGAGCCAUUUUUGCGACUAACAAUAACUCCAAAAUAGUCAUUACUACUUCGUAAAAUGCUCUUAUAAAUCUUGUGUCGCCCCUUUUUAUUAUCAUGCGUGAUCAAGGAAGUUGGUGAGGCUGAAAUGAGUCAUUCAGUCCACGCGUGACUGAAUGAUAACACAACAUCCCGGAGCUGUGUUUUGAGAAAGAUUUCCACCAUGGACAGUAUGUUUGACAAUCUUGCCAAAACUGAAUUCAUCAGCGUUUUUGUCGGAAACCCAAAGCUUCAAAAACGGGACCCCUGGCACACGCACAUUGACUAUGAAAUCUGUCUACAUACAAAUAGCAUGUGUUUUCGCAAGAAGUCUUCGACGGUGAGACGUCGUUACAGAGAAUUUGUUUGGCUGCGACGCUGCCUGGAACAAAACGCUCUAAUCAUAGAAAUCCCCAAGUUACCCCCUUGGAAUCCCUUCUUCAGUUUGAGGAACGCAGAGCAGGUCAGACAAAGGAUGAAAGGCCUGCAGGAGUUUUUAGAAAUUGUUCUUCACUCGCCGUUGUUGUUGUCAGACAGUCGACUCCAUCUUUUCCUCCAGUCCGACCUUAGCGUCAACAGGAUGCAAAGGUGCGCUGUCGGCAGGACAAGGUACACUGUAGCGGAGGCCAUCCAGCGUUUCGACAGCGGCUCCAUCGAUGCGUUAGAGGAUAAGGCUUCGUGCGACUCUGAUUGUGAGAGCUCCUCGUCAUCAGGCUUGGGUUUGAGCGUGGACUGCAGCCUUCAUGGAAGCACACUCCACAUCUUCGAUUCGCCCGACAGAGACGCGGAGUUGUGCACUUGUGAUUUAAUCGUCCACAAAACAACACUCUGAAAUGCAAAGUUCAGCCUUUACCGAAACGAUCCCUUUAUUAUAUGCCUUUUUUUUUUUUUUUUUAAGAAAAUAAGCUUUCGUGUUUUUGUUAAAA